GGGGCGCCGCGCUGACGUUGCCCGGGAUGCGGGCAUGUUCCGCGGCCGUCUUCGCCGCCUCCGCCUCUCCUGCCACCCGGGUUUGUAUGAAAACGGCGGGCCGCGGGCGGCGGACGGCGGGAGAAGGGCGGCGGGCGGCGAGGAACCGCCGUGCGCCCCGGGAGUCCCGGGCGCGGAGGCCGAGCGCAGCGCCCAAGCCGAGCCGAUUAUCUGCAAUGCUGGAAUGAAGUAACUCAAGAUGAGCAAGCUAAAAGUGGUGGGAGAGAAAAGCCUUACCAAUAGUUCUCGGGUUGUGGGACUCCUGGCUCAGCUGGAGAAGAUCAAUACGGAUUCCACAGAGUCAGAUACUGCCAGAUAUGUUACAUCCAAAAUUCUUCAUUUGGCUCAAAGUCAAGAAAAAACAAGAAGGGAAAUGACAACCAAAGGUUCUACAGGCAUGGAAGUUCUGUUGUCAACAUUGGAGAACACGAAAGAUCUUCAGACUGUACUUAAUAUCCUAAGCAUUCUCAUUGAGCUGGUGUCAUCGGGUGGGGGUCGAAGAGCGAGUUUCUUAGUUGCCAAAGGUGGUUCACAAAUACUGUUGCAACUGCUUAUGAAUGCCAGCAAAGACUCUCCUCCACAUGAGGAGGUGAUGGUGCAGACUCACUCCAUUCUUGCCAAGAUUGGGCCAAAAGAUAAGAAAUUUGGAGUGAAAGCUCGAGUUAACGGGGCACUGACUGUGACUCUGAACUUGGUAAAGCAGCACUUUCAGAACUACCGCUUGGUUCUUCCUUGUCUUCAGCUCUUGCGAGUCUAUUCUACCAACUCUGUGAACUCAGUAUCUUUAGGUAAAAAUGGAGUUGUGGAGUUGAUGUUUAAAAUCAUUGGGCCAUUCAGUAAGAAGAAUUCGGGUCUCAUGAAGGUUGCUUUAGACACUCUUGCUGCAUUGCUAAAAUCAAAGACAAACGCCAGGAGAGCGGUGGACAGAGGGUACGUUCAAGUGCUUCUAACCAUCUAUGUAGAUUGGCACCGGCAUGAUAAUCGGCAUAGAAACAUGCUCAUUCGGAAGGGGAUUCUACAGAGCUUAAAAAGUGUCACGAACAUCAAGUUGGGCAGAAAAGCAUUUAUUGAUGCGAAUGGGAUGAAAAUUCUGUAUAACACUUCUCAAGAGUGCUUGGCGGUCAGGACUCUUGAUCCUCUUGUCAACACAUCCAGUCUGAUAAUGAGAAAAUGCUUCCCCAAAAACCGCCUUCCGCUCCCCACCAUUAAAAGUUCUUUCCACUUCCAAUUGCCAAUUAUCCCUGUGACUGGACCUGUGGCCCAGCUCUACAGCUUGCCGCCUGAAGUGGACGAUGUGGUGGACGAGAGUGACGACAACGACGACAUUGAUUUAGAAGUGGAAAAUGAACUCGAGAAUGAAGAUGACCUAGAUCAGAGUUUUAAGAAUGAUGAUAUUGAAACAGAUAUUAAUAAAUUAAGACCUCAGCAAGUACCAGGACGAACAAUAGAAGAACUAAAAAUGUACGAGCACCUUUUCCCCGAGCUUGUUGAUGAUUUUCAGGACUAUGAACUGAUCUCUAAGGAACCCAAACCUUUUGUGUUUGAGGGGAAGGCUCGGGGCCCCAUUGUAGUUCCCACAGCUGGAGAGGAGGUACCUGGGAAUUCAGGGAGCGUAAAGAAAGGAGUGGUAAUGAAGGAGAGAGCAAGUCCUAAAGGAGAGGAAGCCAAGGAAGACCCUAAGGGCCACGACAGGACACUGCCGCAGCAGCUGGGUGGCCAGAGCAGAGUGGCCCCCUCAGCCCACAGCUUCAACAAUGAUCUUGUGAAGGCCCUAGACCGAAUCACACUGCAGAAUGUUCCUUCGCAAGUAGCCUCGGGCUUGAACGCAGGAAUGAGGAAGGACUUUGGUCUCCCUCUCACUGUCCUCUCAUGCACGAAAGCUUGUCCUCACGUGGCUAAGUGUGGAAGUACUCUCUUUGAAGGGCGGACGGUACAUCUUGGGAAGCUGUGUUGUACUGGAGUUGAAACGGAAGAUGACGAAGACACUGAGUCCCACUCAUCAACAGAGCAGGCCCCCUCUGUUGAAGCCUCUGAUGGACCAACACUGCACGACCCAGACCUCUAUAUUGAGAUUGUGAAAAAUACGAAGUCCGUUCCAGAAUACUCAGAGGUGGCUUAUCCUGAUUAUUUUGGUCACAUUCCACCUCCCUUCAAAGAGCCUAUUUUAGAAAGGCCUUAUGGUGUACAAAGGACAAAAAUUGCCCAAGACAUCGAGAGGCUGAUACACCAGAACGAUAUCAUAGACCGCGUGGUGUAUGACUUAGACAACCCUACCUAUACCACUCCAGAAGAAGGAGAUACUUUGAAGUUUAACUCAAAAUUCGAAUCUGGGAAUCUGCGCAAAGUAAUUCAAAUUAGAAAAAGCGAGUACGACCUUAUCCUGAACUCUGAUAUAAACAGUAACCAUUACCACCAGUGGUUCUACUUUGAAGUCAGUGGGAUGCGGCCUGGUGUGGCAUAUAGGUUCAACAUCAUCAACUGUGAGAAGUCCAACAGUCAGUUUAAUUAUGGUAUGCAGCCACUUAUGUAUUCAGUUCAGGAAGCACUAAAUGCCAGACCAUGGUGGAUCCGUAUGGGCACUGACAUUUGUUACUACAAAAAUCACUUCUCACGAAGCUCAGUUGCCGCAGGCGGACAGAAGGGCAAGUCCUACUACACCAUCACCUUCACCGUGAACUUCCCGCACAAGGACGAUGUCUGCUAUUUCGCCUAUCACUAUCCAUACACGUACUCGACUCUGCAGAUGCAUCUUCAAAAAUUGGAAUCGGCACACAAUCCUCAACAAAUCUAUUUUCGAAAAGACGUGUUGUGUGAAACCUUGUCUGGAAACAUCUGUCCUUUGGUGACCAUAACAGCAAUGCCAGAGUCCAAUUACUAUGAACAUAUCUGUCAGUUCAGAACUCGCCCUUAUAUUUUCUUGUCUGCUCGGGUCCAUCCUGGAGAAACCAAUGCAAGCUGGGUAAUGAAAGGAACACUGGAGUACCUCAUGAGCAAUAGCCCGACUGCCCAGAGCCUACGGGAGUCUUACAUUUUUAAAAUUGUCCCCAUGCUAAAUCCAGAUGGUGUCAUCAAUGGAAAUCACCGCUGCUCCUUAAGUGGAGAGGAUUUGAACAGACAGUGGCAAAGUCCAAACCCAGAGUUACACCCCACGAUUUAUCAUGCCAAGGGGCUGCUGCAGUACCUGGCCGCGGUGAAGCGCCUACCUCUGGUUUAUUGUGAUUACCAUGGCCAUUCUCGAAAAAAGAAUGUAUUCAUGUACGGCUGCAGCAUCAAAGAGACGGUGUGGCACACCCAUGACAACUCGGCUUCCUGUGAUAUUGUGGAAGACAUGGGAUACAGGACUUUGCCUAAGAUACUGAGCCACAUUGCUCCGGCAUUUUGCAUGAGCAGUUGUAGCUUUGUGGUGGAAAAAUCUAAAGAAUCCACAGCUCGGGUUGUCGUGUGGCGGGAAAUUGGAGUUCAGAGGAGCUACACCAUGGAGAGUACUUUAUGUGGCUGCGAUCAGGGUAGAUACAAGGGUUUACAGAUUGGGACUCGAGAAUUGGAAGAGAUGGGAGCAAAAUUUUGUGUUGGUUUAUUGCGUUUGAAACGACUGACUUCUUCAUUGGAAUAUAAUCUGCCCUCCAACCUGCUUGACUUUGAAAAUGACUUAAUUGAAUCAAGCUGUAAAGUGACUAGGACACGUGGCAGCUCUGAACUCCAGCUUUUCCCUGCAGUCCUUUGAACUUGCUGGCGCUCUGAGGACUCCUGCCCCUGGCAGCUGCCAGCCUUGCCCUGCCUCCCACUGGACUUGGCCCCGCACUUCCCCUUGCUGAGCUUGCUUUGUAUCCUUUCACUGCGAUGAGCCAUGAGUGUGAGCUCUGCUGUGCGCACUCCCCUCAGCCCACUGCUCAGGGGCUUUUGGGGUGCCCUGUUUGCCCAUUGGAGUUUCUGUUAUGUUUGGUUAUCACAGAAGUGGAGUGAUUUGCUGAGACUAAUUGGAGCUAGAUCGUAUUGUACAAUUGUAGCUCAGAACUGCCCAAGGUUUGAUGGUUCUGACCGAAGGUCUCUAAAUCCCACAGUCUCCAUUGCACCUGAAGUCCUCUGAGUGCACAAGUGACACUCAGUCUGUUUGCAGUGUUGUGCCUCCGUGAUGACGCGAUGACAGUGACCUGGCCAUCGGCACUCUCCUGGGAGGACUGGCUCAGGGCCAUUUAAUAGCUACAGCUUCAUGCCUCUUGCCACCAAUCAGACAUUAGCAAUUCCUUUCUCUUUUUCCAAAUAGAUAUUCUUUGGUUAGCUGUAUUGUAUAGUAGCUUAGCCUACCUCCUCUUCUGUGUAUGCAUGUGUUUGCAUGUGCUUGUAAGUCUCUAUACAAUAGUGAUUUCAGAAUGACACACAAGUAUUCCUAUGAAAGGAAAGGUGGUUUUGAGUAUGUGAGGUGAUAUCUGUGACGGCUCUUCCUAAGUUAUAAAGUACACAGAGCACAUACGGAAGCUCAAUAAAAGAAAAUGAAUUGCUGUGAUUGGCCUUGUGCCCAAAACCCUUUCCAGUAAAGCGGGAUAGUGGGGUGGGGUGAGAGGAAUACUCAUGGUCCUGGUAGCCUGCUUGCUUUCUGUUGAAAGGCGCAGGCUGCUCAGUGGGAACUGAGGUGGAGUGUUGGCAAUAUCGAGCAGAAGAGUUAGGAUACCCUGGCAGGUAGACAGACAACAGCACAGCAGGCUCUGUUCCCUGCCACAUGACCAGAGACAGGCCGUAGAGUGGGGCCUCUGAAGAGAAGAGUCUGGGCCCUUAUGGAAAUGGGGGUCUCUAUUCAUGACUGUUGGGAAUGGAAGUAGGAAGUGGUCUCAGCACAAGCCCCAGCUGGACUCUGAUUCUCAGGAAGGAAGUAGCUGUGUUUUAGUAAGGUGCCUGUUGGUGUCUAAGAGGGGAGGGAGGCUGCUGUAGGUGGGAUGCUAGCAUCAAUUCUUACAUUCAUUCAGAGUUUGGCCAGCAUUUACUGAGGCAGCUGAGAUGUGUUGCUAGGCUUUUUGGGUCCACAGGAGGUGUUUAGCCAGCCAGGCCACAUUCUUGACCUUUGGUAUUGAGAAAACAGGCAUGGAGUCAGAUGGAAUGUUUGUGCAGGGCGCAGAGGAAGCAUGCAGAGAGGAAACACAUGCCAAGGUGUCUGGGAGAGCUGAGGGUGAGGCCAAGCUGCACUUUUGAAAGAAACAUGAGCCACUGGGGGACAGGGAGAAAGUGAGAAAUACACCUUGUGUGGAGAAAACAAGUGUGGUCAGAGCUUGUCACGGAACAGGUGGGGUUUGACAUGGUCUGGAGACUGGCUGCCUUUCUUCUGGAGAAGUCUGAGUUGAGUGACUUUCUAAAUGGAUGGAUUUCAGAAUACAGAAGAAGAGAUUUAGUGGGGAAAACCAUGUGUUCCCAACAUGCAGUAUUUGUGGUACGUGUGAGUUAUCCAUGUGAUGUCUUUGGCAAGUCCAUGUGUAUACAAGAGGCUCUUGGGAAGCCAGGCUCUGUGUUUGCAUUUGGAAGAGAUGAGUGCACAUUAAAAUGAGCGGGCGCAUUCAGAGGGCAUGUGCAGAUGGAGAGCUGGGACCAGGAGCAUCUUGGUGGGUGAGCACGUUGAGGCACAGGAGUGCAUGCUCACCACUGGCAGCCACAGGAAGAGAGAAGCGGGCCAGAGGCGGCCAGUGAAAUAAUGGCAGUGUGAUUCGUACUGCAAGGGCUAGCUGUGUGCAGAAUGGAGGGUUGUGUACCUUCCCUUCCCUCCCUCCCUCCCUCCCUCCCUCCCUCCCUCCCUCCCUCCCUCAUGCCUUGUUCAUAGACACUUCUGUUCUCUGCUUUCUCACCUGUGUGUGCCUUCCCUGGCACACUCAGUCCUGAUAAUGUCCCACUGUGAGCACUGAUGGCCCUGCCCCAGUGUGAGAAGGAAGGACUCCAGAGGCUGAGCCCAGGAGUGGAUUCUCAGGAACCACCGAGGGCUUCGGGCGUUGCCUGAGCGCUGUGGCCUCGUUUCCUACCCUUUCUGUUCUCUUAACAGAGCAGGUGACGCUGUCACUGUGAGCAGUUAGUGGUGAAUACACCAGGCUUGUUCAUGACAAAUGGAGGUGCGACCCACGACCUGCCAGGACUGAGAGGCCUCUGCUGCAGCCUUGCCUGCCUCUCGCUGUGCCAUGCCACAGCUCGCCCUUUCCAUCUGAGGCUCCCAAGUCCUUGCUGUCUUAUAGGCUGCAGGGCCUUACACAAGCACCCCUCUAGUUCGGUCUAUCAUUGGGGUACAGCUUUAAGAAGGCUGGCCUUCAAACCUUUUCUGACGUUCCAGUUGAUGAACUUGGGACUCCGCCUUCACACACACAUCCUUAUUCUGAGCCGAGGAUCCUUCAAACAAACUGGAUUGCUCUGGCUGCUUUUCUUCCAGUUUCUUAAACUGGCUGCUUUAGCUCCUGAGCACCGUCCCCUGUCCAUGCGCCUCUGCCCUCACCUCCCUGGGGCUCCUGUUCUCUGCCCUCCAGCCUUGUCUGCUAGCACUGCCAAGCGUCUCUCCUGUCCUCACAUCUGCAACCAGAACUAAGCAGGCUGGUGCCCACAGGUUGUCUGCUUUCCUCUGUCUCAGCCUCUUAGGAGUCUCUUGGUUCUCUCAGGAGAAUGUGAUUAAACACUGAAGUGGAGGGGGAAUGGCUUAUUACAUUUCAAAAGAAAAAAGAUAGUAACAGUCAUUUCCAAAACAAUCAAUCUUCUUUAACAAUCUUUCUGUCCAGUAAGACCUAGCUAUCAGGUUAAUAACUACUUAUUUAAAUUUCAUGGUGAAAAUUGGGAUUUGUCCUUGUAAAUGUUAGGGCUAUCAAGUCUUGCUCAUUUUCUAAGCCCGUCAGUAUCUUUAUCUGGACUAUAGAAUGAGGUGAACUUCUAAGAGAAAGCCAAUUGUGUCAGAGGAAAAUGGCUCGCAGCCCCUCUCCCCGCAAAGAGAAAGCUCACUGGAGGAAUAAAGUGCCCCUCAGAUGAGGUCUACCUUCUUCUCUCAGAACUGUAACUGGGGAGCCAGUGCUGGCCCAGGCUUUGUCUCAGCUGUGGGUUCUUCCAUCUCCAGAGCUGACUGACCUGCGUUUCUCCUUAUUUGAACAGAUUUUUUUUCUCUUUUGUCUGAUUUUAUUGCUAUUAGUUGCUUCAUCUCUGAGAAAUCUUUUUGUAGAAGUGGCCUAUGAGCCAACAUACAUAUGAAAUUCAAGGUGGUUUGCUCAGGGCUUCAGUGUGUGACUUGUUCCUGCAGUGUCUGCGUGGUGUGAGUGUGUCAGUUCCCACCCACUGAGAGCAGGAGUGGAGGAGCGUUCUCCCCUCAUACACCGCGUGAAGGAAAGCUUACAGGCACUUGGAGCCUUACCAAGCGCUCACCCGCUAUCCCAGUGGGAAACAGUCCCAGGAGGCGGGUGUAGACUACUCACCCUGCUUCACUCUUACUCCGGAUCCACGGACACUGUGGGGAUGUGGCUGUGACCAUCUCACAGCAGCUAAUCACUCUGUACACUUGACUGGUUCUAACUCGUUCCUCCACUAUGCCGGGUGGGUACCACAGCUUCUCACACAGCGCAUUGGAAUUACCUGUUGCCUAAUUUACAGGGAUUAAAAUAGAACUUUAAAAUGAAUUCUAAGUGUGUGUGCUGAUGAAAUCCUUGAAAUAACCAUUAAGAGAAUCCAUUUCCCUUCUGCUAAUGGUGCACACUUGCAGGAUCACUAAAGAGCACCAUUUCAGCCCCUACUACUGAAGCAGGCAUCUUUCAACCGUUAGAACACUCUGACCUUGUCUACUCGGACAGAAGUUCCAAGUUCCCUAUUGCUGAAGCAGGCAGCUUUCAACUGUUAGAACCCUCUCACCUUGUCCACUCGGACAGAAGUUCCAAGUUAGGACAAACCGCUGUGUUACUGAGGUUGGCGUGUGUGAGGUGGUGCAUCGAAGCCUUGGGUCUCAGGACGCCGUGUGCUCUGUGUUACUGAGGUCAAGGUUGGUGUGUGAGGUGGUGUGUCAGCCUUGCUCUCACGAACCCUUGUGUGUUCUGUGCUUUGGCUGCAGCCCCACCACUUACGUUUUGGAUGAAGAUGAACCUCGGUUCCUUGAAGAAGUUGAUUACAGUGCAGAAAGCAAUGAUGAGUUAGAUGUUGAAUUAGCGGAGAACACAGGUGAUUAUGAGCCUUCUGCCCAAGAAGAAGCCCUUUCUGACUCUGAGGUAUCAAGAACACACCUGAUUUGAAAUUUCUGCCAUCUUUGUUAAUUGCCAAGAAGAAAUGAAAUGUCUUGGUUUUCAUUAUGUAGGAAGUUUGAGAGGGACAAGCAUUUAGACAGCUGACUCAAAGAAGACAAAAAGGAACUUGGGCCUAUUUGGUUUCAAGACAAUAAAUAUAUUAUUAAUUAAUGAUAUAAUUGGCAUUUGUUUUAUUUUAGAUAUUCAAUGUUCUUUAUAUAGCAUUGAAUUAUCAAAUGAUAGAUUUACUUUAAAAAAAAAAAAAAGAACCCAAGAAUCAUUGCAUGAAUUUUUAUCUCCUGUGGCACUGCAUCAAGUAGAUAAAUUCAGUGUGUCCGAAUACAAAAUCUAAAUUAUAGAGUGUUGAAAAUCACUAUAUCUGUACAUGGAUUUCUGCAGAUGUGUCUGUGUGGAGGUGGGUAGUUACUGAAGAUAACUGUACAUGGAUUUCUGCAGAUGUGUCUGUGUGGAGGUGGGUAGUUACUGAAGAUAACUGACCGCCCAUCAGAAGCAUGUGAACUGUGUAUUGUGGCUAACCUAAUCUAGAAUCUGCCUCGAAUCCAUCCCAUUCUACAUUUAUCAAGUUAAAUAAAAACUAUAUCAGAGUCUGCA